AUGGAUAAUGAAACUGUCGAAGUCGGAAGCACAUUCCCAGCGCCGCCUUCUUUUUACAAGUAUUUUACGCAGCAUAAUCUCGAUUUAGUCGACAGCGUCCCCGCCGAUAUCCCACCAACGACAGACGGAUUCCGGGAGUGGUACAAGGAGCAGUGCGGCGAUGACAUAGGCGUUGAUCUCAGAUAUACGCUGUCCAAGCCUCGCGUUGAUUGGAUUGUCGAAGAUGGCUAUUACAGUGCAUACGGGGAAAUCUGGCCUCUCAAAGAGAGUCUGCCUUCUUUGAAGGAUAGCGGCGUCAAGCAGCUCUACCCAGAUGAUACGACUGAUAAGAGACCAGCAUUACAUGCACUUCUGCGGACUAUCCUGAUUACACACUUGGAUAUCACCAAAGAACUCACAGCUCCACCUCCUCCAAUCGACGCUGAUCCGUUAUCGAGACUGAGGGAUAAGAUUGAGCACAUUAGGCUGACUGGUAUCAACAUGCAUCAUAUCAUCAACGAGCUUCGUCCGAUGCAGGCCAGAGAGACUCUUUCCCAUCUACAGCAACAGCAGCAGGACAAACGCAAAGCCAAGACGGAGGAAAUCAAAGCAAAGCAUCAGGAAAUAAGGGAUAAGAUGGCAGAAAUACAGCAGUCAUCAGCUGCUGUGAUAGAAAGGGUGACUAAGAGGGUCAAGGAAUCUCAAGUUCACUGCAAUCACGCCGACAAUCAAAUGGACGUGGACAAAGACAAAGCAAAUGUAUCGCAUCAACAGCUACUUUUAGAACUCAUUAACGACUUGUAA